AUGUACCUGGAUAAAGCCGAAAUUGAUACUUGUAUUGAAAAGCUCUUGAAGACGUGUGAUGAUACUAAUGUAGCUGCAAUGUGCCACAAGGCAAAGGAUGAGAUCAAAGGGGUUGGAAACGAUGGAAUUAAGCAAUGCAUAAAAGAAAAGUAUUGGAUUGUGAAAAUGAUUGUGAAUGCAAUGUGUUUGAGAAAGCACGCGCCACUUUUUGUUAUUGACUUUGUUUAUACUCUUCUUGUGAAUGAGAUAUUUGUUUAUGAAGAUGUAAAAGAGAUAGUCAGUGCAAUCGGAGAGAGCAGUUGGUGCGAAGCAUCGAAGAUGAAAAUUCUGCAGAUGAGCUAUUAUCUCAUGAGGUAUGAUGAUUUUGGUGGAGAUGUUGCAUUGAGUCUAUUGAAGAGCCUACUUGUGAUGAUAGAGGACAAAAGUAGACAGGUGCAGACAACAGCAAGAUCGAUAGCGAUGCAUUUGAUUGAUUUUAUAUUUAGUAGGAUGCAUUAUAUACCUGAAAGAAAGGUUCAAAGUGAAGGUGAUAUGGGUGUGAAUGAGCAGGCACGUGACGUAGAGCAUACAAAUGAGAUGGAUUAUUCAAAAUCUGAGUUACUUCCAUGUAUUGAAAUGUGUAGAAUGGUGCAAGUGGUUAAUGAUGGAGUGUGUUUUUUGAAGCAUCUUUUGAGUUGUAUUUCAUGCUCUAAGGAGAUGUGUUAUUUUGUUGUUGAUACUCUGUGCAUUAUUACAAUGCGAAAUGAACUUUUUGUGCAUGAAGUGUUUAGGAAUGUGUAUUCAAAUGAUGUAAUGGAUUCGUUGGUGCGAUUGAUAAGGAAGAGAAGCUCAUCGAAGGGUGGAGUUUACAAGGUGAUUGAGGUAUUAGCACAGAGAAACGGAGCAAUCUUUGAGAAAGACAUUCAGAUGUUUUUUUGUGAAGUUGAGAAAGCGUAUGAUGGAUUUGAUGAGCUGGAGCGGGAGAUGUUUCUUGAGUUUUUUGGGAAGAUGGGAGUUUAUCUGGUAGGGAUGAAUGCAAUAACUGUCAGAAGGAUGUUUUUCAGGAUUCUUGGUGAUAUGUCUGUUGAUGAGGCGGGGAGCAGAGAUGUGAUUGCAUCAAUCAAAAGCUCUUUGGAGAUACAGCUUGAAAGACAGACAGAAUUGAAUGGAACACGGUAUAAUCCAUCUACAAAGGUAUUUUUCGAUAAGUUUUCUACACAGCUGCUUGAGAAGCUGGUAGAGGUUGAGCGUGCUCAUGAGGAUUUAAAGGAUUUGCUGUGUUCAGUUGUUGAUUUCUAUGCAGGGGUUGGUGAUAGAGAAAGGCUCGAGAAUUUUUUGAAUGUUGGGAUGAAAUUAGGAUUUUGCAAGGAGAUGAUGCGGUGUGCAAUAGAGAACAGAAAGGGUAUGCAGGAUUCGUGGAGAGUGGUGCUUAAUGGAGGGAAGGAGUAUGCGGGCCAGGUCGUUGAUGCAAUUGGGCGUUUUGAUGCAGAAGAGAUGUUCUAUGUAUUAAAGGGCGUAAGCAUGAUUAAUGAUGUGCAGGAUGAUUCAGAGAAUGCCUGGAGUGGAAAGGAGAAGAUUGAUUUUUUGCACUCUGUGUUCAAUGUGAUGAAGCCUGUGAUUGUUGAGCCUCUGAAUAUAAGGAUGCUUGAGAUGAUUCUGAAUGGGGUUAUUGAAGAGAGUAGUGGAGAAGGGAUGUAUGCCACAAGGAUAUUCAGCCUGAUUGUUAUUGAUUAUGCCAGUGAUUUAGAGGUUCUGAGUGUUGAUAUUGAAGGAGUUAUUUUCGGGAUGGUGGAGAGGAUGUUGAAGAGUUGUGCUGAUGCAGAGAAAAAAGAGGUUUUGGAAAUGUUACUCAAGGUGUUAAGGCUUGUGACACCAGAAGUUGGAUGGGAUGUGAUUGUUGAGUGUGUUAGACAUGGAUGUGUACCUGAGCUUUAUUCAAGUGUGUAUUUGUUGAUUCAAUGGAUGGUUGGGGGAUUUAGUCAUUUGCUAAAUGCCUUGCAUUUUGAAGUGAUUGUUGAGUGCCUGUGCAUGAUGUGCAGUAAUGUUAGUGAGGAGGAGGGUAUAAAACUGAUGUAUGUUCUGCGGGAUGUUGGAGAGUGCCUUGCAGGUAUGAAUCAUAUAGAAAAUGGUGUGAAUAAGGUAUGGAAGAGGUAUGUGGAGAUUCUUAGAGCGGAGCUGAGUGAUUGCAGAGUGAUUAUGCGAGAUACGACAGUUAGGUAUUUGCUUGAUCUUAUGAUGAGUGUGGCGUGGAUGAAUGAUGCCGAUGGGAUUUGGAAUGAAGCGAUAAGUGGAGUGUGUGAGGUUUUUGAAAAGGGAAGGCAUUUGAUUCGAGAAUCUGAUUUAGAUGGAUUGAACACGGUGUGCUUGAUGCUCCGGGAGAGUGGAGGAUGUGUGGAAAUGAUAUGUAAGCAUGAGUGUAUAAGCAGUGUAUUUUUUGAGGUUUUGGUAGAUGGUAUGUGCAGCGAUAAUGAUGAAGUGAGACUGCUGAGCAUGGAAAGAUUUAAGAUGGUUGUAAAGUGUAUUGCUGAUGCUGAAGAAUAUAAGAAAGAGACGGCUGUUGAUCUGAAGAUUUGUAAGAAAGAUACGGAGGUGAAGAGCGGUGGAGUGAGAAUGAGGAUACAGGAGAUAUAUAAGGAUGUUUUGAGAAGGAUUCCGAUUGAUUGCGUAUGUAAUUCUGAGUCUGGAAAUGAAGUGAAUGUGCAGAGCAACGGAGUUGAUAGAGUUGAAUAUGAGGAUAGAUUGACUGAUAGAAGAGUAGCAGAUAUGAAGAGUCUUCCGAUGUGCUUAGAGAUGGUUGAGAUGUUGAGGUAUUUUGUGGUUUGGGAGCAGGAUCUGAAGACGUUAAUGCCUUGUCUUGAAAGAUUUAUUAGUUCAGGAAAUAGGCUAUUACAGGAAAAAGUGAUUGGAAUGAUUGAGAUGCUUGCGAGUGGAGAUGAUUUUGUGGAUGUAAGAUUGGAUGCUUAUAUCUCAUGGAUUACAGAACAGGAUGUAGGGUUGUCUAGGAUGCUGAUUGAAAGGAUAGGCUUAUUACUGGCACGAAGUGGAGAGAGAUAUUCUGAGGUAGUGAUGAGUAUUGCGAAGCAUUGUGAAGAUGAGAAUCUGUGGGAGGAUGUGGUACGAGGAGUGAUGUGUGGAACCAAGAGGAAGAUGAGUAGGAAUCAGUUUAUGUCGUUUGUGAAGAGUAGUAAGAUGAUAUUUGCAAAGGCAUGCAAGAUGAUGAGCGGUGUGCUUGUGGAUGAUGGAGUGAUUGAGGUUAGGAAUGAAGUAAUUGGCAAGAUGAAGAGGAUUGAGAGGAUUGUCUUAGAGUUUCUGAUGUUCUACCACGGAGUGCUUGUGAGCAUUAAGAAGAUGUAUUUUGAGCAGGGAGGAGUUGAGCAGCAACCGUUUGAUGAGGUGACGCUGGUGGAUUUGAAGGAGGGCUAUGGAGUGAUAUUUGAGAUGAUAGGCAUGGAUGCACGUCAAAGGAGGGAGAGUGUGUUAAUUAGGUGUUAUGGGAUUGUGUUUGAUGACAUUGAGGUUGUGUACUCUGAGGUUGUUAGAAGGGUUCGAGAAGUGUUAUGCAAGUACAAUCGGAUUGAAGCGGUGUAUAACGGGUUCUACUCGAUGAUGAUGCAAAGGGAGGUGUAUGAACUACUUAGAGAGAUGGCAAGGCGACGAGAUAAGAGGCUUAUUGAGGAACUAAGGGGAGUGUUAGUCGAUGUGCUGAGGAGCAAAGACUACCAAGUGAUUGAUUAUGUUAGAAAAUGCUUUGAGGUGCUUUUUGAAUAA